UCCUUCCCCCCAACCCCAUACAUAGGUCUUUCUCUCUGGUACCUCUUGUUGCCAUCCAUUUCGCUACAUACUUUUACAUCCCUCAACCAACACCUCAGCUCCAAUAACAAGACAAGAUGCAGGUUUCCAAGAUCGCGAACCUCUUGAUCCUACAGCUAGCAAUCCAGAGCAAGCUCGCAUCGGGAACGAACGUCUCCCCAAAACUCUCUCCAUUCAGAUGUUAUGGUAACUUUCCUGUGGCAGUUUGUGCAUGCAUAGAUAAAGAUGGCGCCGCGUAUGUGGUCCUAGCGGAUAUGAACCGGUUCGAACACUGUGAUGAUGUGUACAUCAGUGGAGCACAUGCAGGUGCUCCAAGAUGCUGUGACGCAGGUACAGGUGUGGCCAUCAGGCCACGUCCACACCGGUUGCUCUACUAAUUAAGACAGGUGCAACUUUUUAAAAUACUUGAUCAUGUAGCGUUCGGCAGAAGACUAUCACCUUAGCGCCGGUGAUUUCAGCCGGGUUUGCCC